AUGGUGCAGUCACAGUCACGCUGCGAGACAAUGCACACCAUGGAGAAGAUGGUGGCAGGGAUGGGCGUGGCAGCGAGUCCCGUGCACAAGGACAUCUUCAAGGCUGUGCGCCACUGCAUGACUGACCGGGUGCUGGCUGUGCGCUGCGCUGCUGUCAAGUGCUUGCUGGAGAUGGUGUGGCAUGCCCCCUUUCUCUACACAAGUGACUUGGAGACGGUGGCCUCCAUUUGUUUCCGGGCCUUCGAAGGCUCCAACUACGAAGUGCGCUGCACUGUAGCGCGGCUUCUUGGAACUGUGGUGGCCAUCACCCAACAGGCCUCUCAGGCACAGGUUGGAAAGAACAGACUGGCCAGCUUGGAUGAGGUGUUGGGCCUGCUUGCCUCUGGUUUCCUUCGUGGUGGCAUCGGUUUCCUCAAAGGCAGCGCAGGCGAGAUGAUCAAGGGUGGCUCAUCUGUCAGCCGUGGGAUACGAGUUGGCGUCACUCAUGCAUACGUGGUCCUGUUCCAGCGACUGGGUGGCCUGUGGUUGGAGCGCCAUCUGCCAGCCGUGCUGAGCCACCUGCUGGAGCUGGUGGGCCAUCCGCGGGCCGUGCAGACACACGUGGAUGCUGUCUACAGCCGCAAGUGCGUAUCGUUUGCACUUCGCUCGGUGCUGGGAAAGAUGCUCGGAGACAAGGCCCAGGCGGCGGCCUGCAAGGACCUCGUUCAAGUCAUUGUAAAGCACCUCAAUUCGGAUGCUGUGCUAGACAGCAACAGCGGCAAGGACGGCCAGCAGGAAGUGGCGCUGAGCCAGCACAUCCUGGUCUGCGCCCUGCAAGAACUUGGCUGCCUGGUCGAGACCCUGGGCACGACUGCUGUCUCAACGCUCUCCGACUCUUCUAUAGGCUUGGUGGAGACAGUGGUGUCGGUGCUCAUUCACACUAGCCCAGCCGCACGCUUGGCAGCGGCAUGGUGCCUCCGGUGCAUUGCGACUGCCGUGCCCGCUCAGCUGACACCACUGCUCGACCGCUGCCUCGACCAGCUGGAGUCGAUGAAGUCCUCACCAGACGCGAUCGCUGGCUACUCGGCGGCGCUUGCUGCUCUCCUUGGAGCAGCACGUCACACGCCGCUGGGUCUCCCCCACAACAAGGGAAAAAUGAUCUUCAACUUGGCUGAAGACCUGCUGCGAAGUGCCUCGCAGAACAGCCGGCUGUCUCUUCAACGAACGCAACCUGGCUGGCUCAUGAUGGGUGCCGUAAUGACAUUGGGCCCGCCUGUGGUGCGCAGUCUGCUGCCACGAAUGCUGCUUCUGUGGAAGAACAGCUUUCCCCGUUCCACCAAGGAGCUCGAGUCCGAGAAAGUGCGGGGGGAUGCGUUCACCUGGCAGGUGACCCUUGAAGGGCGUUCGGGGGCACUAAGUGCUAUGGCAAGCUUCCUGAGACAUUGUAAGGAGCUGGCUUCUGAUGACAUCGUGCGAAGAAUAUUGUCUCCUGUCGAGUCUGCAUUGCUCAUGCUAUCCGGGAUUGGCCCCACAAUCAAGUCAUAUGGCCAGCACUUGAAGGCCAGUGCUGCCAUGGUGCGACUGCGCCUCUACGAGACCAUGUCCUUGCUGCCAGCACAGUCAUAUGAAAGCAGCUACAACAACCUGCUGCGGCUGCUGGUGGCCGAGUUCACGUUGACAGAGAACCAGGCCAACACGACGACGUCACUGCUGCGCAGCCUGUGCCACUCAGACGACAGCGUCAUCUUGGGCUCCUGGCUCCAGGAGACUGACCACAAGGCCAUCGAGGACCAGAAUGUUUACUCUUCGACUUCACCCGCUAUACCCACCGAUGCAAGAGCCACCGCGGUCACUGCACCUCCCGUGCAUCUGCCGCAACCGCUGCUGCAGCCUCGCCAGCGCCUCUGA